GAAUCGAAGGCGUGGCUGAACGAAGAAAGCAUUGCUGAACACACGAGUCUCUCCAUAUACUCUUACCUCAUCCCUUAGCUAUUGCCAAUCCGUGCGCGUUUACCUCUCGAGAAAACGGUUAUUCACCUUUUCUAGAGAGAGAGAGGCUUUAGAGAGAGAAAGAGAGUGAAACGAAGGUGAACGUCAUUGACCUCAAACCACCGCAACCAUGGCGGCACCGGAGAAUCACCACACCGUUCCGUCGAAAACCAGAGAAGAAGGCGAACUCUCUAAUUCCGAAGAUGCUGACGAAAACCCCAAUGGAUCUAUGGUGCAAUCCACCCUUGCUGCAGGGUCCAGUUUUGUUCCUUCGGUGAAACAAAGUACCCAAGGCGUUCAAGGUGGAGGCUCCAAUAAUAUACAGAUGCGAACAACCAUACAACCAAUUUCACAGAAGAGCAUAAAAAAGAACCAGUUACCCCUUAAAUCUUCUCCAUGGACUGGUCAUGCAAGCGAUGAUAAAAAUCUUGUGAUAAGCUUUUCUGAUGAUGACAGUGGUAGUAGUGACUUUGAAAAAGGUACUGUUUUCAGGUCUGAAAGAAAUGUCAAGCGACCUAACUCAUCCUUGGAAUAUUCAAACAAGUUACAGUUACCACAAAAUAGUAGAAGUUUGCAGAAGGAAAUGCCCAAGAAAUUGCCUUCUAAUCGUACAUUUAUCCCAUCAACCACCAAGAUUCCUAGUUUAAACUCUAAGGGGGCUGGAUCCUGGUCAUUGGGACAAGGAUCACGAGCUAGAAAUUUCAAUCCAAUGAACAGAACUUUAGCUAGCCGAGAGCAUGGGCGUGACCAAGGAGCAGUAUCAAAUGACAAUAAACUUCAGGAUUUGCGGCAUCAGAUUGCACUUCGGGAAACUAAACUAAAGUUGAAGACAGCCCAGCUAAGUAAGGAGUCUGCUUUAGUUUUGGGUAGGGAUCAGAAUGCCACGAGCCUUAAGAAUGAAAAAACUAAGAAAAAUAUUCCAUUUUCAUCUGGAGCUGCACAAUUGGAGCCUAAAGAACCAGAUAUGAAGCGGAUGAAACUUGACACAACUCAUGAUACCUCUCAAGUUGUUGGUGGUCAGCAAGUUCCUGUUGUAAAAUCUAUAUUACCAUCAAAAGAUUCUCCAUCCGUAAACAUUUGUCCUCAGGAGAGAAACAUGGUUGAUCAUAACCAGAAAGAGAUUCCAUCACGUGGAGGAGAGUCAACAAUCAUCAAAUCACAAAGACAACCCGACAAUCAUCUUGGCAAUCCAUUACAAAAUAUGCCUUGUAAAGCAAGAGAAGGUGAUGUCAAUUAUGGUUGCAACCAGACUGGCAAAAGUAGUAGUCUGGUUGAUCCUUGUGCAACUUUCAACCAAAAUGCAAUCCCUGCAAAUUUGCCUUCCAGUUGCGCGCCAACUAAUUUAGAGGCAUUAAGCAAUGCUGUUCUUGUAAAUCAUCAUAAUGGUAAUGCAAGUGUCUCAGAGCAUAGCAGCAUUGAUUUACAGUCGCUUUUUGGUAUGGAAGAAUUGAUAGACAAGGAACUGGAGGAAGCUCAAGAGCACAGACAUAAUUGUGAAAUUGAAGAGAGAAAUGCACACAGAGCUUAUCUUAAAGCUCAGAGGUCUUUGCUUGAGGCUAAUGCUCGAUGCAACAAUCUUUAUCACAAAAGGGAGUUGUAUUUAGCUAAGCUACGAUCUUUGAUUUUGAAUAAUUCCAGUUUUUCUUGGUCUUUAGGACAGCACCAGCAACUUGAUAUAGGUCUAGAUUACGUACCUAAACUUGGAUAUCAAAUACCCACAUCAAGCUGUCUGAGGCAGGCUGAAUAUAAUAUUAAUAAUCCUAGUUUUGAUUCUAAUGAUCAAGGCAUCAAUAAUAGGCAAUCUGAUACUUCCUAUCACCACACAGAUGGAGCAAAUUUAGGAACUGAACAUUGCGUUGAACCAGAUGCUAGUACAUCUGAACCAUUGCCUCAAAGGGGUAAUCAUGACGCAGAUGGAGUGUACUCUCCUAUGGAUGAAUUUGAUACAUCAGAUAAUGAAAAUGAAGAGAUUUCUCUAGCUGAACAUGCUUCUAAUCAUUUUGAUGCUGGAUAUCAUAGAAAACAAGACUCCAAAGUGAAACAAAUGGAUAUAGAUACUACAUCAAAUGCAAAUUGUUCCACCGAUAGUCCUCAGGAUUCUUUGCUUCUUGAAGCAACAUUAAGGUCUGAAUUAUUUGCACGAUUAGGGAAAAGAGCUAUGAAGAGUAGUAGUCCAAGCAACAACAUUCAGACUGCUGAACGAGGUACUGAAAAUGAGGUUGGAAAUGAGAAAAGCCAACUGCAUCAUGGACGUGUCCCAUUGUCUAAUGCAGAAAACAAUGAUCUUAAAGGCAUUGAUAGGGAAGAAAGGAGCAUCCAUCUGGAUUCCAAUGAGAUUCAAAGUCAGCAAAUCAUUGGUGGAAAUACUUUGAAUGUCAACUACUGUGCUGGUUCAGGUGAUCGAGGGGAUAUGCCUUUUCAAGAUCAUCACUCAACUAAUUCGGUGAACAUUCCACCUUUGACUUUUAGGAGUGUAUUUAGUGAUCUGAGAGAAAUGUCACCAUUUACUUCUAAUCAAUUACUAAAUCAAAAUAAGUCCACUCCUGAUAAUGAUGGUCAAAGUCAAAAUGCUACUUGCCUCAGUUCUGAUGAAGCAAAGAGGGACAACAUGAUGGCAGUUUCAAUGCCUGUCACCAUUGGGAAUUUAUUUUCAGAAGAAGGCUCUUAUGGCUGCAGUCCUGAAGUUGAUCCAUUUUGGCCACUUUGCAUGUAUGAGCUGCGAGGAAAAUGCAACAAUGACGAGUGUCCUUGGCAGCAUGCGAAGGACUAUGGUGAUGGAAACAUUAAUCAGCAUCAAGAUACUGGUUUCAAUAAUGGAGCAGAUUCUCAAGAUAGAUUACCGUUGCAUCAAAUAAAUUGUAAUGGGGUAACAAAAGUUACCAAAUAUCACAAAGCUACUAUUCUGCCAACAUACCUUGUUAGUUUAGAUGUUCUGAAAGCGGAUCAAUUUGCAUAUAAACCUAUUGCUGCACAAAGGAUUGCUCAAUACUGGCAGCAGCAUUUCAGUAUCACUUUGGCUACAAUGAAUUUGCUACAAAAUGGUUCACCCGCAGAUGGUCCAUUAUCACAUGGUGGUGGUGAACGCAUUGAGGUCCAUGGGGCAUGGAGCAAGCAGUUAUCUAUUCAGUGGAGAAAUGGAGUUGGGAAUCAAAUUAAACAGGCUAUGGCGGAUAGUGAGCAAGCUGUUGAGACGGCUCUUCUUAUUCUCAACCAGGAAAUCAAUAAGUUGCAAGGGGUGCGAAAGGCUCUAUCUGUACUGUCCAAAGCUCUGGAGACUAAUCAAACAUCUGUGGUAAUCUGGAUAGUUUACAUGCUUAUUUACUAUGGAGGUUUGGGGCAAAAUGAAACGGAGGACAUGUUCUCAUGUGCGGUUAAGCUCUAUGAAGGAUCUUAUGUACUGUGGCUCAUGUACAUCAAUAGUCGGAUAAAGCUUGAUGAUCGGUUAGCGGCCUAUGAUACUGCCUUCUCUGCUCUCUGUCAGCAUGCAUCUGCUGUUCCUGAAGACAGAGCAUGCGAAAGUGCAUGCAUCUUAGAUUUAUUUCUGCAGAUGAUGGAUUGUUUAUGCAUGUCAGGGAACGUUGAAAAGGCCAUUCAGAAAAGUUGUGAAGUUUUCUCGGCUACAACUAAAUCGGAUGAGCCCGAUCUUCUGCCACUCUCAGAUAUACUCAAUUGCUUAACAAUUUCUGACAAAUGUGUGUUAUGGAUUUGUUGUGUUUACUUAGUUAUUUACAGGAAACUGCCUGGUGCUGUUGUUCAGAAGUUUGAAUGUGAGAAAGAUCUCCUGGACAUUGAAUGGCCUUUUGUCAGUUUAUCAGACAAUGAAAAGGAGAGGGCUGUUAAACUUAUGGAAACAGCAGUUGAAUAUAUAAACUCACGUGCCUUCACAAUGGAUAGUGAAGUUGAUCUCAAGUAUGCCCAACAUUUUGCUCUCAAUCAUCUGAGAUGCAUGGUUGCUCUUGAUAGUCUAGAAUGUUCAAGGAUUUUGUUUGAUAAAUAUAUUCAGCUAUACCCUUUCUGCAUAGAGUUGGUCUUGGUGUCAGCUCAAAUACAGAAACAAGAUUUUGGUGUUGGUAAUUUCGUGGUAUUUGAGGACGCAAUUAGUAGAUGGCCAAAAAUAAUUCCCGGAAUCCAGUGCAUUUGGAAUCAAUAUAUUGCAAAUGCUAUCCAUAAUCAAAGAAUUGACCUUGCAAAAGAAAUUACAGUCCGAUGGUUCCACUCUGUAUGGCAAGUGCAGGAUCUCCCGUACGGCACGAUGAAUGUCACUGAUGAUGUCAAUUCUUCUGGCUUAUUGGGAUCAGGGUCAAAAAUUGUUGCUGACACAUCAAUUUCUGGUGAAAAACAGAUGGAUAUGACGUUUGGAUAUCUUAAUCUUUCUGUUUAUUAUUUUUUCCAGAAUGAUAAAACAGAAGCAUGCAUAGCUGUUGAUAAGGCUAGGAAUACUGUCAAAUUUGUGGGUUUAGAGCCAUAUAUAAGAAAAUAUGUAAUGUUUCUGGUUUGUGAUGCAUCAAGCUUAAAGGAAGAUGAUUCUACGAGUGCUAUCAAGAAGAUGUUUGAAGUGUAUAUGGAUGGUUCCUCCCAGGCGUUGCUAGCCCCUAGGGUGCUAACGAGAAAAUUUCUUGACAACAUCAAGAAGCCAAGAUUACAGAGUCUCAUUGGCAACAUAUUAAAGCCAGUUUCAUUUGAUUGUUCUCCACUAAAUUUGAUACUUCAAUCAUGUUUUGGUUCAUUUCUUUUACCUCAAACUGUAAGUGACCCAAAACAUCUGGUGGAUUUUGUUGAAGGCAUUAUGGAGGUAGUUCCUUACAACUUCCAAUUAGCUAUUGCUGUUUGCAAACUAUUGAGCAAGGAUGGCAGUUCUUCUGAUCUAAACUCAACCAGUCUCUGGUUUUGGGCCUGUUCAACCUUGGUUAAUGCAAUAUUGGAUUGCAUCCCAAUACCACCAGAAUAUGUCUGGGUGGAAGCUGCAGAGUUUCUGAAAAAUGCUGUGGGCAUUGAGACAAUAUCACAGAGGUUUUAUAAAAAGGCUCUGUCAGUGUAUCCAUUUUCUAUUAUGUUGUGGAGAUGUUACUAUAAGCUGUUUCUGUCUACAGGAGAUGCAAAUAAAAUUGUUGUAGAAGCAAAAGAAAGGGGUAUUAACAUUGAUUUAGUUACUACAGAUUGAAUGUCAAAUAGGAGGGCCAAUUUUGGUUGUCACAUGGAGGCCUCAACUUAGAUGGUUUUUUCACUUAAUUUUUCAACAUAUUGAAGCAGAUUUGAUUACAGAAAUUUCUUAUACAGGUAAGUAAACUGUGAAUAUAUAGCAAUGUCAAGGUAACUUCUUAGAAAUAUAAUAUACAGUUGGGCUGAAGAAAAUUUUGGAUAACAGUUUUUCCUUUUGUUGUCUUCGUUUUGGUUGCUAAGCCCUGAACUCAUGAUAAGGGCUGUUAGAUUAGGCUGUUAGGAUUUCUUGUUUUUCCACAUAAUAUGCUCUGAAUGUUGUAUUCUUUUGACAUUUUGUUUUCAUAGGUUGUUACGUUACAGAUGAGUGAAAAGAACAUUUUUGUUGCCUACUUA